AUCCACUUUCUUUCCCUUCGCGUUCGAUGUUCAGGAAACUUGCUGCGGCCAUGCUGCAGAUUGGUCUCCGGGCGCUUUCCCUCAACAGGCCCACCAUUUCGAUUCGAAAGCCUGCAUUUACCUGUGACUCCUCGUUUUCUUAUCGUGAGCGCCCCAUUGCAGCCUGUCAUCUUGCCCCAGGCGUAGAUAGAAUUUAAUUAGGGCAGUCAUUCAACGAGGUGAUGCAGUUGUGAUUUUGUGGAGGGUUUAAGAGAAUGGGUUUUAGUCUCGUGAAGAAAGGCGAGUUAGUUUGAGUAGAGUUGCAGCAGGGGAGUUGCAGAACGUCUACCUUGCAUUGAAAUGGUGAUCGAAGGAAUUGCUGCGGUUAGGAGCUAUGCAGGAGCUCUGUUUCGUGACAUAAACUGCAGCUCCGAGAACCGAAUUGGAGGGAAUGAUACGUUGCAGCAGAGUGGGUUUCUGGGUACCAUUUUGCUGCGGAAGGAAAAUGUUUCGGGCCUGCAGAGGCAGGUUGGGUCAGGGUUGACGGUGCGAGCAAGCGAGGAAAAACAGGUCAAUCAGGGAAAAUUACAAGCCAAGCGUCCCAAGGCUCCAACGUUUAUUUUGAAUGUGAAGCCGGAACGGAAACCCAUGGCAGAAGAACCUAAGCCUUUCCUCUCUCUUGAGGACUACGACUUUGAGAAUCUUAUUGUGGAUCCUAAUCACCGUAGUGGUUACGUUGCUCUUGUAGGAAAACCAAAUGCUGGAAAAAGUACACUUCUGAACCAAAUUAUAGGUCAAAAAUUAUCCAUCGUGACAAACAAACCGCAGACAACUCGGCACCGCAUCCUUGGGAUUUGCUCCGGCCCUGAUUAUCAAAUGGUAUUGUAUGAUACUCCAGGAGUGAUUUCGAAGCAGGUUAAGAAGUUAGACGAGAUGAUGAUGCGAAACGUUCGCACUGCCACCCUAAACGCAGAUUGUGUCCUGAUUGUUGUAGAUGCUUGCGAGCAACCUGAGGAGGUGAUGAGUAGGUUGACAGAUGGGCAGCAGACUCUAGUUACGGACAAUAGACCUACUUUGCUCGUUUUGAACAAGAAAGAUCUCAUUAAGCCCGGCGAAAUUGCCAAGAAGAAAGCGUGGUACGAGCUGAAUGGUGGUACAACGGAGGUGAUAGCUGUCAGUGCGAAGCAAGGAGCUGGUGUAGACAAGAUAAAAGAAUGGCUCUUAGGUCGACUGCCCUAUGGCCCUGCCUAUUAUCCCAAAGAUGUUGUUAGCGAACAUCCCGAGCGAUUUUUUGUUUCUGAGAUCUUGAGGGAGAAGAUAUUUUUGCAAUACAGGCAAGAAAUCCCCUACGUAUGCCAGGUGAAUGUUACGAGCUACAUGGAAAGGAGAGUUGCAAAGGACUUCAUUCAGCUAGAGAUUGUUGUUGAGAAAGAGGGACAGAAAGGCAUUCUACUGGGCAAGGGAGGAGAAUCCCUGAAAAUGCUUGCCACUGCUGCGAGGUUGGACAUCGAGGAUUUUGUAGGGAAGGAGGUAUAUGUGGAGAUAAAAGUCAAGGUGAAGGAAGAUUGGCGUGGAAACGAGGAACUGCUUGAUCAAUAUGGAUACAGCGGCAAGAUUAGUUAUUGAGAUGAUUUGCUACAAUUCAACGAUAACCCAUAUUCAUUCUCACAGGGACUCAAUUUCGCAAGGGUUCAGGAACUUUUGUAGUUUCACUCUACAGUUUGAGUGUAACAUCAAACCAGAAUAUGUCGAACGAUUAAUAAUCACACCUGCAUGUACUCUCCUUUGUACGUUACAAGUUUCGAUCUUUCACCAGUUAUGAAACUAUACUGCAGCUUAUCUCUGCUACACUAUUCUCGUC